AUGCCGUGCUCCAACUGCCAUCGUAACGGUCGAUCCUGUAUUAUCGAUCCGUCGAUAUCAAACUCGUGUAGCGAGUGUGUGCGCCGCAAGGUUUCCUGCGAUGGCGUGGACGUUGGUGCUCAGCUCGUGAAUGCCAUGGAGGAGUGUCAUCGUCUGGAGGUGGAGGAGGAUAAGCUGUUGCGGGAGAUCAUGGAGCUUCAGUCUCGCAUUUUGCGUACUCGCGAGCAGAAGCGUCAUAUGCAGAAGAGACAGAAGGAGCUCUUUGAUCGUUGUAUGGUGGAACAUGAGAAGGAGGUGCGGGAGGAACUGGAAGCUUCGGAGAGUUAUGAGGAGCAUUGA